ACUCUCAGCUGGCUCGGCCUUGGACUUGGCAGCAGCCGCCUAUACUGUCGCUGGGAGCAGAUGGUCUCCCUCUCAGAGCCAGGCGUCAGCUGUUCACAUGAGCACAGGUCGGCCGCCUGCAGUUCACAGAGGGAACAACACAGACUCCUGACAGCUCGCUCCCUGACGGACUUACUGGAACAUGACAAACUACCACUGAAGAUACUUUUUGUUUCUCUGUUGAAGCUCACAUUUACUCUGUGAAGAGAGAUGCCUAAUCCCAGGUGCACAACAGGAAACAGCUUAGUACAAGUUUUUCGUUCCCAAGCUUCCUCUUUUCCUGAACGCCACAUGCAGGACAUUCCGGUUUCCCACCUUCAAUGAACAAAGACCAACCACACAUUAAUAGAAGUAAUAAUAAUCCUCCAAGAUGGCAGUCACGUCACUCUUUUACUCUGUUACUGAGGAGCCUAGCGCUGGCUUAGCUGAGGUGGACAUUUGUACGCUUGAGAUUAAUAUCAAGUAUGAAGUCAUCCCAUCUAUCGUCUGCUCUGUUUGCAUUUCAUUCGGCCUCAUCUACACGUUUUUCGGAUACCGCUGCUUCAAGAUGGUCAUGUUCUUCUCUGGCUUCAUGUUUGGCUCAGCAGCCGUUCUCCUGGUGUACCACAAGGAGCCCCUGUUGGACGCCCAGUUGGGCUCAGAGACAAAGGCAGGGAUCGGCCUGGGCGUGGGUGUGCUCUGCGGGCUGAUGACCAUGCUGGUGUCCACCAUGGGACUCCUCCUCAGCAGCCUGCAGCUGGGGAGCCUGAUCUCCCUCGCCAUCCUGGUGGUCAUCGGACAGUUUCACAGCAUGACUCCAGUGUGGCUGCCUCUCAUCGUCGUCCUGGCUGCCAGCAUCGCCACUGCUCUCUUCACACUCCAGUGGCAGAAGCUGUUCACCGUCAUCUACACAUCUGUGUUUGGAGCCACCACUGUGAUGCUGUGUGUGGAUUACCUGGUGGGGAAGUUUAUGCUGCCAGAUCAGGUGUAUGAUUUGUUCUGUCAAGUCGCCCCACGUCCACUCUGCUGGUUUAACUGGGGGAUCACUGGGAUAGUGCCUGUUAUGGGUCUGAUAGGUGUGUUGGUGCAAUGGAGGUUUACCGCCAAAGGAGUAUCACACACAGAAGCUGCACACAAAAAACAGAAGAAACAUUCCAAGAAGCACAGAUAUAGAGAGUCAAGGAGAAGACCUCAACCACACCGUCGGCGCAGGCCUCCACCGCUGAAACGCUACGCUGGGGACGUCCUGGCGCCGAGUUAUCUCCAGAGCCUUAAGGAGCGCCAGAUGGGAACGGGCUCCUCCACCAGCAGCGUCAGCACCAUCACACAUACUCUGAUUGACUUUGACUUUGAGACGGGCUCCAUGGUGCCUCUGACUGCUGCCUCCCCUGUUUUUACAGUCUGAAGGAACCCGCCAUCAAAUAUCUGCAACCUGCACAUAUCCGAUCCAUUACCAUGUACUUAUAAUUAAACUGUACCUUGAAUGUU